GGGCGGCGCCGCCCCGCGCGCCGCCAAGAACGCCGGCGCCAGCGCCGCCGGCCUGUCGCCCGGCCAGCUGGUGGCGUUCUCAAAGGAUGGCAAGGCGCAGAUGCUGGGCCUCGUGACAGCCCCAAACGGCAAGGCCCAGUGGUUUGUGGUCGACACGCGCGGCCACAAGUCGUCCGUGCCCCCCAAAGCCGCCUCCCUGGUGCUGCCCGGCGGCAGCUACACGCCCGACGACCUCGAGCGCUUCGCCGCCGCCGCCGCGGGCGCGGACGCGUCGCUGCUUGAGAUUGCGUGGGCGAUUGCAGCGGAGGACGAUAGCGGCGGCGGCGGCGGGACGGCCGGCGCGGCGCUGAGCCUGCCGGAGCUCGCCGCGCUGCUGUAUGAUGCGGACGGCGCGAUGGAGCAGUGGACGACGUUCUGGCUUCUGCAGCAGGACCGCGUCUACUUCAAGCAGUCGGUGCGGGGCGCGGCUGACGGGGGGAGGGGGUGGGAGAUAGCGUGGCUGGAGGCUGGGUCCGGCAAGUCCGGCCUGGCCUACCAGGCGCGCAGCCCCGACGCAGUCAAGGCGGCGCAGGAGGUGCUGGAGCAGGAGCGGCGCAAGGAGGAGGAGCGCGCCGCGUUCGCCGCCGCCGCGGCAGCGGCGCGGGGCACCGCGGCAGGGGACAAGCCGGGCUGGGAGGCAUGGGUGGCGGGGCCUUUCGGGGCGCGCGUCAAGGCCAUUAAGGAGCUCGCUCUCAGCGGCCUCCAUGGCUGCAGCGCGGCGGCCGCUGAGCUGGCAAAGGACAGCCUCGCCUUGCUGGGCGUCAAGUCCGACCCGCCGGCCCUGGCCUGGGCGCUGCUGGCGGAUCUGGGGGCGGCCAGGCUGCACGACCCGCUGCCGCUGCUGAGGGCCGGCGCGCGGCUGGAUUUUGAGGCUGACGUGGAGGCGGCGGCGCAGGCGAUCGCGGCGGCGCCGCCACCGGACCCUGACGCCGCGAUGCGCCGCGACCUGACGCACCUGCGCGUGUUCACUGUCGACGACGCUGGCACCACAGAGGUGGACGACGGUCUGAGCAUUGAGCAGCUUCCCAGUGGCGAUGUGAAGCUGUGGGUGCACGUGGCGGACCCCACGCGCUGGCUGCAGCCAGGGUCCGUGGUGGAUGCUGAGGCGCGGGCGCGCACGCGCACCCUGUACCUGCCGUUUGGGUCCAUCCCCAUGUUCCCCGCCGUCCUGGCGGAGGGUGCCUUCAGCCUCAGGGCCGCCGAGGACGGCGCCGACGCCGCCAGCGCGCCGGCGUGCUGCGCGCUGAGCGUCGGCGCGACGCUCGCGGGCGACGGGUCGCUGAGCGGGUACGAGGUCGUGCCGAGCUUCGUCAAGGUGACUAAUCGGCUGACGUAUGACGAGGCGGACGCGGACAUCGCGCUGGGGCCGGAGGGGUGCGCCCACGAGGACCUGCAGAGCAUCUACCAGGCGGCACGGCUCAGGAAAGCCUGGCGCGCAGCUCGGGGGGCCAUCGAUAUUGACCUGCCGGAGGCCAAGUUUGAGGUGCCCUCUGAGGACCUAGCGUCAGCUCGCCCCUCCAUCACGAUCACGCCCCUCUCGCAGUGGGAGUCGGCUGCGCGCGUCAUGGUGGCAGAGCUGAUGAUCCUGGCGGGUGAAGCGGCCGGCGACUUUGGCCGCCGGAGAGGGCUGCCGCUCCCCUUCAGGGGCCAGGAGGCCCCGCUGCUGCCGGACGAGGCGGUCCUUGCGGCGCUGCCCGACGGCCCCUGCCGCGGCUACGCGCUGCGCCGCUGCAUGACGCGCAGCGUGAUGGAGCCGGCGGCGGUGCCGCACGCGUCGCUCGCGUUGGACGCGUACGUUCAGGUGACAUCACCCAUCCGCCGCUACAGCGACAUGCUGGCCCACUGGAACAUCAAGGCGGCGCUGAGGGAGGAGGCCCCGCCCUUUGGCGCGGCGCAGCUGGCGUCCAUACUGGCGGCCGCGGGGGAGACGGGGCGGGAGCUCGGGCGCGCCGAGAACGAGGCCCACCCCCACCGCCCCGCCCAGACCUACAAGUACUGGGCCGCCGAGUUCAUGCGCCAGCGCCUGGGCGAGUCUUUCGAGGCCACGGUGCUGGGCAUGUUCCGCCCCGAGGCCGGCCUGGCGGCCAUACUGCUAGAGCCCCUGGGCCUGGAGACCAUCACCAAGCUGCCCUGGACCGCGGCGCCUGGGGAGCGCAUCUUGGUGUCUGUUGUGGACUCUGACACGUCCUCGGGCUUUUACCGCCUGAGCUUUGAGGGGGAGCUCGACUCGCCGCUGCGGCGGGAGCGGCUCGCGGCAGCGGAGGCGGCCGAGGCGGCGGCGGCGGCGGCAGCGGAGGAGGCGUUGGGGUCUGAGGAGGGCGGCAGCAGCGGCGGCUGGGAGAUGGCCGGGAGCAGCAGCGAGCCGAGCAGUGGUGGGGGCGGCGAAGGGGGCAGCGAGGUGGACUCUGAAAUGGAGGCGAUCUGGGCGGCGGUGGAGGCCAAGCAGCAGCAGGAUGACGAGCAGGGAGGCGAGGGUGGCGAGAUCAAUGGCAGCGGCGGCGGCGCAGGCGAGCGAGGGGGCGCCAAGGGCAGCACCGUGGCGGCGGCGGCGGCGGCAGCGGCUGUCGGCUUACUGGCCACAGCGGCGGACGUUUCGGCGGCAGCGCUUGAUCAUGCGGUGGCACACGGCUUGACCUAG